CCGACGAGGAUCCCGAGCGCCGCAAUCCUCGCAGUCGUCAUCUUCGAGAUAACGACGCGGAAUCAGCCUCUUCAUCCUCGCAUAACCGCACUCCAAGCAGAUAUACGAGGUCCGGCUCUGUGCAAACACAGCAGGGAGGACGCUACCGUGUACACCGAGGUGAUCUGCGUGAUCAUCUCAAUGCUGUCUUUAGGGCGCGCUCCCGCGGCCCGCGCAACACGGAGACACUCCAUGACCCCCAUAUGGGCGAUCAGGGUGUCAACGCAGUUGCCAACCCGCCUAUCGCGCCGAUCGCGACCACAGGGAUUAACAUCCCUUCCAACCUUGCCGCAGUGGCUGCGAGCCCCACUGUUGUAGCGACUCCACCUCCUGCGACAGGAGGAAUCGAUCAAAGUAUGCUUCUGCAAGCUUUGAAAAUGCUCGAACAGCAGCGUAAACCCGUAUACAAGCUGCACGGCACCUCUCCAUUUACCGCAGAAGUGCGACAGGCCCAACUUCCAAAGGGAUUCCGUUUAUCUGAAUCCCUCAAGUAUAAAGGUACAUCUAACCCAUUAGACUACCUAGAGAAAUUUAACACCAUAAUGGAAGUGGACCAGGUGCCGCAACUCGCGAAGUGUCGCAUUCUCGCGGCUACGCUUGAAGAGAAUGCCCAUGACUGGUUCACCCAAUUGCCAGAGGCAUCGAUAUCGACAUGGGAGAACUUCGUCGAUCUAUUUCUCACACACUUCCAGGCCACGAUGACGUAUAGGCCACCCUAUACGACUUUGGCAAACAUCAAGCAAGAAUCUGGUGAGUCUUUGCAGAAUUAUUUCAAGCGUUUUAACGCUGAGGUAACGAAAGUUGAGAAGGCUCCCGAGUCUUCGCUUGUGUGCAUGUUAAUAACAGGUGUCCUGCCAAGAACCGACUUCUGGAAAGAGCUGCAGGCUCGAAGGCCAGAAUCCUUGGUAGAAUUCUUCGCCAUGGCCGAACCUCAUAAGAGAAUCGAGAACUCCCUGGCGGAAUUGGAAAAGGGCAAGAACAAGAGGCGAUCACCCAUACCGCGGUCGCGAUCCCGCAGUCCGCGAGGAAAGAAUUCCAGGGGCCGAAGCCCCAGAAGACGCAGUCCACGCAAACCGCGGAGCCCGAAGUUGGCUAAGUCGCCACCUAAAAAGGAGUCCUCGCCCAAAAGAAAAGGAGGACCUCGCUUCGUCAACUAUACUGAACUCGCCGUCCCUCGAGACCACAUCUAUGCGGUUGAGGAAAGGAACGGCGUCUUCAAGAAGCCGCCCCCCAUCAGGGGAAAUCGCGACCGAAGAGACCCCAAGAAGUUCUGUAAGUACCACAAGGAUAUCGGUCACACUACCCUUGAAUGUUGGGUCUUGCAGGAUGAGAUUGAAGAAUUAAUCAGACGGGGAAAAUUCGAUAAGUAUAGAAGAAACGAGGAAAGUCAUCCCCGAGCGGAUGACAAAGGAGAAAAUCAGAAUGCGAGUGGCUCUAGAGCACCUCGCAAUAUCUUGACUAUAAUUGGAGGACCACACAUCGCGGGCGACUCUCGCAAAUCCCAAGAACGGUAUGCCAGAGAAGCCAAGGAAAAGCCGCUUACCAAUGUGAACAAUCUUGGUGAACGGCCAGAGAAGCUCUUCAAGAGAGACUGCGAGGACAUUGUCUUCAUGGAGAGCGAUGCGAGAUGGGUCCACCACCCGCAUUCUGACGCACUUGUAAUAAUUGCCAAUAUAGGUGGAGAUAACGUCCAUCGCAUAUUGGUCGACAAUGGAAGCUCAGUAAAUUUACUGAAUUUCCAAGCUUUCAAACAAAUGGGGCUACAAGAAAAAGAUUUGCGGCCCAUGACAUCGAGCAUCUAUGGCUUCACGGGAGAUGUCAUAGCCAUAAGGGGGAUGAUCAAACUCCCAAUCACUUUGGGAACUGCCCCGAUAACUGCCAAGUCGAUGGCCGACUUCGCAGUAAUUGAUCAAUAUUCGGCAUACAACGCCGUGAUUGGACGGCCGAUUCUAAAGGAGAUGAAGAUCGUAACUUCGAUCUAUCAUCUAACAAUGAAGUUCCCCACUCCUUCUGGAGUAGGAUCAGUGAGGGGAGUCCAAUCUGACUCUCGAGAAUGUUACAACGCAGCUGUAAAGCUCGCAGAAAAAAGGACGGUGAACGUUAUCCACCUUUUGGACGCACCACCACCUCGCCAGGAGAUCCUUCGGAUCGAAGAGGUACCGCAUAUAGACAAACCAGACUUGGAUCCGAGAAUCCUUGAUCACACGGCCGCAGCCCAAGCCGCGGAAGAUACAAUCGAGAUAUGGUCGGGAUAUCUCCACAGGUCAUGUGUCAUCGCUUGAACAUUGACCCCGAAGUGCGAGGUGUCCGACAAAAGCGCCGCAAAAUGGACCCCGCGAGGUACCUAGCGCUGAAAGAAGAAGUUGACCGCCUCCUUGCCUGCGGCUUUA